AUGAGGGUGUUUGUGGAACUAUCUAACUCGCUGAAGAAGGAGAUGGUAAUCAAGAAAUCUACCAAGUUUCUCUGGAUAAGUUCAACUACAGUGACUGGGAGUCUUUCUGGCCUUAAGCCUGGACUUCAUGGCUUCCAUGUGCAUGCCCUUGGGGACACAACAAAUGGUUGCAUGUCAACUGGACCUCAUUUCAAUCCUGCUGGAAAAGAGCAUGGUGCUCCUGAAGACGAGAAUCGUCAUGCUGGUGAUUUAGGAAAUGUCAUUGUUGGUGAGGAUGGUACUGUUAAUUUCAAAAUUGUUGACAAGCAGGUGUUUCCAUUUUAUGCUACUGUUAUUCUAUGA